GACAACUUUCAAAGAUCUUCAGAUUGCACUAGGAAUAAUGUGUACUACUAUCUAGAUGACGAUACGACUCCAUUUGUAUCAGUUCUUCCUGUACCUCCGGAUUUGGCCACUCUUAGAGAUUUCAAAAAAGUGUUCACUAAAAAAGGAUUCAAAUACUUCUGCAAGGGUUUGGACGCCGACAUAAAACGUGAGGUGAAAAUAGAACUCACCGAUGAUUCUUCCUCUCUGAAGCGCUCAUCGAAUGGCCUGUUCGAGUUAUUUCUGCACAGUUGUGGUGGUGCUGGUGCGGUACCACGUUCCGGAACUCUUCCUCGAAGAGGACAAACCGACUAUCUGUGCGAACAGUGCGUUUUGUCGGCUUCGACUUAUUUUUUUCUUUUAUUACAAAUUCUACGUAGCAUUUGUUCAGGACGAGCAGGGGAACACCUCGCCGAGCUGUACACUUCUAAUUCUGAAAACUUUUACAAGUACGAUGAUUCAACUAGGUUUUCGGCAACUGCAUCUUCUUCACUCUAUGAGCCACUGUGUGCUAAUGGUGGCUAUAAUGAUGGAGGCAAAGUUCGAAGACGAAAACCGCGGAAAGAACGUUUCAGGAAGGCAUAUGUACCGAGUACGAUUAGUUCAAUUACAGAGAGCAGCUUGUCCCUCCCGCGGAUUCUAGAAGUAAAUCUGUCAAUGAGGUCCACACCCUACCUCGGUAUUUCUGUUGGAAGCUUCCAGGGUAGCAUUCUAGUGAGCGAAAUCUUACCAGACGGCGCUGUUGCAAAGGACGGUCGUAUAGAAGUCGGAGAUCAAAUUGUUCAAGUGAACAAUCGAUCGUUUGAAAAUCUCACGGAGGCCCAAGCAGUGCGUGUGCUUCGAGAGGUGGCUGCAGCAAAGAAGCCCCUGACGUUGUUUGUCGCGAAAUAUUCACGAGGUAAUGAUUAUGAUCCUCUUUCAACACUCGCAUCAGAAACGCUUCCGCUUGACGUCUCACUCUGGGUUCAAACCGCUCGACAGCGCAUUUAUCGCGAAAGAGGGCUGUCUGACGAGCUGACGGAGACAUUCGACGAAAAUACGCUAGGCACUAUGAGGGAGACCGACGAUGAAGAGGAACGAGCCCUUUAUGAGCAGAGACGUCAUGGUAUACCUCAAGUCAACAUGGAAGAACUAGAAAGGAGGCGAGAAAAUGAACAAAACGAGCAUAAAGCCACUCAACGUUUGUCAAUAACAAUGGAUCCGGUGAUUAUAUUGAGAGCACUAGCGAAACCUGAUUCCGGCCUUCAAGUGAAAAAUAGGAAGUGGCUUAAAAUCCUUGUACCCAUGUCAUUCAUAGGUCGAGAUCUCGUUGAUUGGUUACUGGAGCAUGUCGAAGACGUAAGUGAUAGAAAAGCAGCACGACAGUAUGCAGCUGAGCUACUCAAGGCUGGACUUAUUCGUCACGUAGUCAGCAAGCUAACAUUCACGGAAAAGUGUUACUAUGUUUUCGGUGGCACCUUGUUUUUAAGAUCGCGAACAUUCCUAAAUUCCCUUCGAACAGGAAAGAUAGAAGCAACUACAGAGGUCACUUACGUGGGUUCACCUGCUCCAACUGGCCAUCACGGUAACGUCUUACGUCCAUUUGGGCAACAGCAGCCUGCCGGACCACAUCAAGUAGCCGAUCAAACGUGGCCGUUCAGCCCGAUCACAGUGUUUGAUUCAUCUAGAAGGUUCAGAAAUGGCUGUGAAAGUCCUAUGGUAGGUAUUAUUCAUUCAAUGAGUAAUUCAAACAAGAAUGAAGUCCAAUCGAUUUGCUCACAUUGUUGUCAUUCAUACUUGAAGUCGAAGUGUGCCCUGGUACUUAUUUCAGAUAGGUUCAAAUGGAGUUUCCUUUGCUAA